AAGGCUUAUUUUUAAAAAUGACUCAUUUUUUGUAGUUAAAAACCUAAUUUGAUGAAAUUCAAAAUUUUUUCCACACAUUAUACAGUCGACCCUGCAAAUAUUCGCCUUGAUUGAGAAUGUAACGCAACCGAAUGUACACAAACGGUCGACUGUGUUACGCGUGUGAUUUCCUAUUGGAUAUUUUAGACGUAGUUCCUUCCUCGAAGUAAAUAUGUCGAGUAAAGGUGAAAAUAACAAAGAUCCGCCAGCGGAGAAUAAUGACAAAGAUGCCGAAAAAAGCGAGGUUAAAAAUGAUCAAACUGAUGAUGCUACAACUAAAGAAAACGACGAAAAGGUAAAUGAACCCAUGGAGACUGAUGUUAAGAAUGGUUCAUCUGUUAAAGAUGAACUGGGAGAUGCUAAUAAGAGCUCGGAGGAUGAUAAAGAUGGAUCGAUUGAUGAAGCAAAACCUAAAAGCGAAUUAAGUGAAGAAGAAGAGGUGGAUGAAGAGGAGGAAGAGGAUGGGGAAGAAGAAGAAGAUGAUGAUGCCUCAAUUGAAUCUGAGAAAAAAGAUAAAAAGAACGCGAAAAAGCCCACAGAGUCAACUAAAUCCGAAAGAAAAAGGGGUGGAAAGAAAGACGAAGAUACCUCUUCUAACGAUACUAAAGAAACAAAAAUAGAAACACCAGAAGGACCAGGAACUCCUUUAGGGGAAAUCCCUCGCGUCGAUGCCUCUAUAUCUCGAUUUAAAAACGACGAUUUAAAAUUACUCCACCAACUAAUUUACGAUUUACCCGGAAAGGCAACAGUUUUGAAAAAAAAUAUAAAAAAAUUUAAUGGUUUCGCUUUGGCUAAAGGCAGCGACGAAUACAACAAAAAAAUCGCUAACGUUCAAACGUUCGAAGUGAAACAGCUAAAAAGCAUUUGUGAAAUGCUCGAUAUGGAGAAAAAGGGCUCGAAAGAUGAAAUAGCCCAAAGAAUCGUCGAAUUCUUAAAUCAUCCGAAAGAUACCGGUAAAAUCGAUGGUGGUGGGCGACCAAAACGAACGGCUGCUGUUAGAGCUAACAAUAGGGGCUAUUCGUCACACGAUGAUUCAUAUUCAAGUGAUGAAAAACCGUCGAGAGGUCGACGAGAUAAAGGAAAACGUUCGAAUUUAAAAGAUGAAAGUUCAAAUGAAAGUGACGAAGAUUUUCAACCGAGCGAUGCUAGUGAAGAAAAAGCUAAACCGAAACAACGGAGACAAUCCGCCAGGCGGCGGCAGCAAUCUGAGGAAUUAAGCGAUGCCGAAGAGGACAGUUUAGGAAGUUCAGAAGAAUCGAAUCCCGAAGAAAAGGUGAAAAAGAGAAAAGUAGCAAAUAAUAGGGGGAAAGGGAAUGUCGGAAGAGGUCGAGGACGUAAACCAGCUCAAAAUAACACAACACCCGGUCCUAAGAAGCGACCAGGAAGAGGGAGAGGGAAAAAAGUUAGUUCUGAAUCAGACGAUGGGGAUUCUUCCGAAAAUGAACCACUUAUUAAAAAGGCUAAAAAUCAAGAUCCGCCUACGGAUGAAGAAAUCAAAACAUACGUAAAAGGUAUAUUGGAAGGUGCUAAUUUGGAAGAAAUAACAAUGAAAACUGUGUGCAAACAAGUAUACGCACAUUAUCCUAAUUUUGAUUUAACACAUAAGAAGGAUUAUAUAAAAACCACUGUAAAAUCAUUGAUAUCAACGUGAAUGAAAAAAAAAACCGAUCCAUAACAUUAUCCCGUUUUUUCUUCUCAAAAUGAAUUAAAAAAUCAUGCAAGUACAAAGCAAAAUUGUUAAAGGAAUUUUUUGUCCUGUAUCAUUUCCAUUAUACUUUACCUAUUAUUAAUUUUCAAAUAAUAUGAUGAAUAAAUGAUAUUUAUGUUAAAAAGCAAUUACAGUUAUUGAUAAAAUAAAAUUAAAAAAAUAAAAAAAAAACAGGAGUAUGUAUGUAUACAAUAUAAAUGAUUUUUAGAAAUACACGCUGAAUUUUUAGUAAUGCGCAAAACCAGCUCUAGCUUAAAAGAUACAAAUAAAACUUGUUUUCUAUUU